AUGAAAGACCAAUUCGAUUCCGGCUCUGAGCAGGAUCUCAAUUCUACCUCAAACAUGCCUCAUUCAUCAAGCUCGUCCAAAGGUUUCUUCACUUUCAGCAACACCGUCAACGGAGCUGCGAGGGGAGGUGCUCGAGUAGCCCAAACGUUGAACCCUUCCACCAAGCAGCCUCUGUGGAAUAUCCCUGUGGCGAUAGAGGACGAUGUGAAUGAUGCAGUUGCGGCUGCGGGCGAAGCAUUCGCUUCUUGGUCGCGCCUGGCCUGGGCUGAAAGAGGCGCAUAUCUCAUCCGGGCAAAGGAAGCUCUAGUCGAAAUACAUGAUGAUAUGGCCAAUUUAAUCAUGCAAGAAACUGGCAAACCUGUAAGUAUCAUCGAUACAAAGGAGGUCGACCUUUCAGUUCGGCUGCUUCUGUAUUAUGCUUCCCACCCAAAACUGGAAACCAAGGUUGUGUCAGAUAACGACGAACUUCAGGUGACAGUACGCUAUGUUCCGAUGGGUGUUGUUGCCGCCAUUUGCCCCUUCAGUGAUCCAUUGAUGCUAGCUAUUGGAAAGCUUGCGUCAGCCUUGAUCACUGGCAACACGGUAAUCGUGAAACCCUCGCCCUUCGCACCGUACAGCAUCUUGAAAUUUGUGGAUCAUAUCCAAUCGCUCUUCCCGCCAGGGGUGAUUCAGGCUCUGAACGGCGACGAGAAACUGGGCCCUCUGCUUGUGGAUCAUCCGAAAAUCCAGAAAAUAAGCUUUACUGGAUCUGUGGAAAUAGGCAAGAAAGUCAUGGCUGCAGCUAGCAAAACUCUCAAGCGAGUGACUUUGAGCCUGAGCGGAAAUGGGGCAUGUAUUGUUUGUCCAGAUGUAGACGUGUCUCUGGUAGCACCUCAGGUUGCUGCAGGGGCAUUCCUGAAUUCCGGACAGCUAUGCCUUGCGAAUCGGCGAAUCUAUGUGCACGAAGACAUAUACAAUGACUUUAUGCAACAUUUGGUCGAUAGCGUUAAACUUUGGAAAGCCGGCCCAGCACCGAGCGACACUGCCAUUUUAGGCCCGAUUCAGAACGAGAUACGUUACAAAAACGUCAAGGAUAUAUUUGAAGACUCGCAGAAGAAUGGAUAUAAAUUUUCUCUAGGCAGUGGAUCUAUUACCGAUGAAAAAGGCUUUAUCAUACAGCCUGCUAUCAUCGACAACCCGCCGGACGACUCGAGAGUCGUGAGAGAGGAAGCUUUUGGUCCCAUUGUUUCUUUAUUGUUGUGGAAAGAUGAAAAAGAGCUAAUCUCUCGAGUGAACGACACCAAAGCCGGGCUGGGAGCCAGCAUCUGGUCGGGUGAUAUCGACCGCGCCACCGCGAUUGGCGAGCAGAUAGAGUGUGGCAUGAUCACAAUAAAUCGACACCCAACUCCAAUACCGAGCGGGCAUCUUGCUGGGUGGAAAGAGAGCGGCAUAGGGGGUGAAUGGGGAUCCGAAGGCCUGUUGUCGUACUGCAAUAUGCAAACCGUGCACUGCUACAAGAUGCCUGUUGCGCCGGGGUCGGCUGAAGCUGAUUGA